ACACGUCGCCCCCUACACAAUCACUGGGGAGUAAAUGACUCGGUGACAGGCUCAGCCUCAGCGUUAUGUUCGGUGAUAGGUUUACAUAGUUCACUCAGCCUCAGCGUUAUCCCCGCCCACAGCAACAGAAAGUAAAAGUUUAUAGUUUAUAGUUUGUGCAGCGUUCGCGUCGCUCUUCCACUGGACCCGGAUCCAGUGUCCGCCGCGGGGUGAAGCGCCUUUCCAGUUGAGCUGUGAGAAACUGUCAAGCCCUACUACAAACUGGCCAAGAAUCCCAUGAGGCGGAGGUCUUUGUGAGUAGAAGACAGUAAAUAUACUAAAGGAUGCAUCUAGUUCCAAUGGAGACUGAGAACUGGAAAUCACUGCCUGUCAUCCCAGGUGUCUCACUGUUAACAGCGUUGCUCAUCACUGUAUGGACAGUCAUUGGUUGUGAUCUUGCACUGAUUUUCACAGGAAACCACUGGGGUCACGUCAGUAGCAGGAGGUGGCACGGAUUGGAAUCCAUCGAUAAAUCAAUAGUGCUCAGUAAGAGAAAUGGGGAUGAACAGAUGGUCCAAAUUCCAGCUGGAGUGGAAAAGCUCCAUGUGGUAGCCCCAACUCUGCAGGCUUUGCUCUUAAUCAUUUCGAUUGUUACCUAUAUUACAUACCAAGUAAACAGUGAAAAAUACCGCUUCUUAUUUUCAGCUACAAAAUAUGAAGAGUUCAUAAAGAUGAUUCUCCUUCUAUUCCUGAUUUCCCAAAUUCCGGUGACAACUGCUUGUGACCCAGGGGAGUAUGACAAUAAUGGUGUCUGUUGUUCAUUGUGUUCUCCAGGCACUAGAGUAUCCAAACACUGCACCUUGAUGGCGGACACAACAUGUGUUCCCUGUACAAAUGGAGAGUAUAUGGAGCAUCCAAAUGGACUAGAGAAAUGUUUUAAGUGUAAAAUAUGCGAUGCAGGCACUAGAGUAUCCAAACACUGCAACUUGAUGGCGGACACAACAUGUAAUCCCUGUACAAAUGGAGAGUAUAUGGAGCAUCCAAAUGGACUAGAGAAAUGUUUUAAGUGUAAAAUAUGCGAUGCAGAGCUGGGACUUCAAACAAAAGAAAACUGUACUGCCAUUCGCAAUACGAUAUGUGAGCCCAGGGAGGGGUAUUAUUGCACUGACGGCUGUCAGAUAGCCAGAAAGUACACAGCAUGCCCGCCUGGUGAAGGAGUUAAAGAGAAAGGAACACCUUUCAAAGAUACUGUGUGUGAGAAAUGUCCUGACGGAACAUUUUCAAGUGAAGCUUCAACAACUGAAGAGUGUAAGAACUGGACAGUAUGUGAAAUGCCCAAAUUUAAACAGCUUGAACCAGGGAGCGCUGAAACUGACCGUAAAUGUGAAGAAGGGUCCGUGUUCAACUGGAUAGUUUUUGUUGUGGUCGUUAUCUUGCUUGUAAUUCUUGGUAUCGGACUUGUUUUGUGGAAGAAAUGCAUACAUAAAACAGGUAACCAGAACAUUCAAAGCCCCAGGAAUCACAAUGGAGAUGUGAAGCUGAAUGAGCCUCUCAGAAACAUGGAAAAUGAAUAGUGUAAAGUGGGAGAAAUUACCAGAAAUAACCUGAAAUGGACUAUAAUUCCGAUCGAACCUCCAAGAGGGCUCAAAUCUUUCAUUCUCUGUGAAAAAUCCUGACUUCACUAAAUAGACACAAUCCAUUGUGCACCAAACUUGGAAUUAUAAAUAAUCAGCUUCACCAGUCACAAAUGUCUAAGCACUCACGUGAACCAAGAUCGUUUAUUGUAAGUGAGUGUCGGGAAGAAUUUCGAAGGACAUGUAAAAAGGAAGGAGAUGCUUUUGAUGUUUCCUGGUACAUGUGACAACUAAAGCUAAUAACUGUCAGGAUCCUGAAGAAAUACCGGUUUAAUACCACCCAAAAACCCCCAGGGAAGCUCAAAUCACAGUUUAUGCACAUCAAAGAUGAUCUGGGACUCAGGACAAUUGCCGUUUACAGGAUUCCUUGUGAAUGUGGAGCAAUGUAUAUUGGCCAGAUGGGACACAUGGUGGAAACCCACAUCAACGAGCAUAGAAGGUGUAUCCGUUUGGGUUAUCUGGAGAAAUUGACGGUAGCAGAUCAUUAUAUUCACUAUAAGAUUGAGUCAGACACAAAACUACUAUGGCAUGCCAAUGGCUUUUGGGAUGAUUUGGUGAGAGAAGCCAUUGAGAUAAAGCUAGAGGAAAAGAAUUUCAGCAAAGACAAAUGUCUCCCUCAAAGUAAGAACUGGAAUUUGAUUGUAAGCAGGGUGGGACAGCAGAAAACUGAUUGGAUAGGACUAACCAAUCAGGGAUGGAAUACAGUUUGUUACGAGCCUGCGGUCGUACUGUGAGUGUUACUUUAAGAGCAGCUGAGUGAGGUGGGACUAUGACGUCAGUCACAGGCUGCUGCGGAUGUGGAACCUGUGGAAUACUUCGUAUUUACCAUUUCUCUACAUUACAGCGUGGAUUACAAAUACAGUCGACCUUCCUUAUCCGUGGGGGAUUGGCUCCAGGAUCCCCUGCGGAUACCAAAAUUUGCAGAUGCUCAAGUCCCUCAUUUAACAUGUAUUAGUGCGGUGUUCUUUAGGACCCAGUGGAACCCCGGACUUUAUUUCACAUUUCUCCGUGCGGUGGACAUUAGGACCUGGCGGUGCAGCUCUGAAUCCGCAGUGUUUCUGUUCACGAAAAUAAUCAUUAUCACGAUUGAAAAUAAGAUGAAAGUAAUAAAGCGAUCGGAAAGAGGUGAUACGCCAUCAGUCAUUGGAAAAGCGUUGGGCUACAGUUGGUCAACAAUCGGAGCAAUUUUAAUGGAGCAUGUGAAAGGCCCUGCCCCGAUGAAAGCUGCAAUUAUUAAGCAACACAGUGGUUAAAUUAUUGAAAUACGUAUGUUUCUUAAGUGUUUUAUAUGCAUAGAAAGGUAAAAUUUGUACUAUAUACUAAGAAAAACGUUUGACUAACUGAUGCUAAAUAACACCAGAUGUACCUGUUCUGAUUUCAAAUCUGACUUAAAGACUGACUCAGCAUGCAACUCAUUCAUAGCCCAGGGACAGCCUGUACUUUUAAGUCAUUUCUAGAUUAUAAUACCUAAUACAAUGUAAAUACUAUGUAAAUAGUUGUUAUACUGUAUUUUUUUGGGAAUAAUGACAAGAAAAAAUAAUCUGUAUAUGCUCAAGCAAUGAGUGCUGGAGAGAGAAAUCGACUAUAUUUAUCAUUUCAAUUCAUAAUUCGUCAGAAUAACUUUUGCCAACAGUAAGGAAGGCAUCACUUGUUGGUCCACAAAUUAAACAGGUCACCAAUGACAGGCAAUUUGAAGAAUGUCUAGUGGGACUGGAGAAAGUCGCCUGGAAUGCUUUCAAGCAUGUUGAUGGUUACAACAUGUGGAAAGUGGUGGGAUUACAGACCAUUAUCCAUUGAAUGUAAAGGGUAGGGAUUUAUCAGCAAUGCUUCUGAUGGGCUGCCCUUAAGCAGAAGUCACCCACAGACUGAUCAGUGGACCUGAAACCUGGACUGAAUGUUUUAAUCUGUGGAAAUAGGGUUAGUUGUGUUAUUUCAUUGUACAUUGACCGUAUUUCUUCCUAUUGACUGCUGGAUAUUGUUCCCACUUUCACUCAGCUCAGUCUCUUCAGUGACUGCAUCCUAGUUCACAACAUCUCAUUCACCCUCUGUCAGUAGGUAUCCAUCUAGUAUCUACAGUGCUCUGCCAUUGUCUUAGGUACAUUUAGGGUGCCUAAGACUUCAGCACAGCACUGAAUUUGUUGACGUGGAGCAGAGGAUGUGUUUGUUAAUCUGGCAGGAGCAAAUAUGAUGGGAAUGGUGAUGGUGUUGUGCUGCAGGAGGGGUGUGGAACAGAAGGACUGCUGGGGUGGAGGAUGGUAUGGGUGCAGGUGUACCCAGCCCUGAGAAAUCACGCAAGGUCAUUUGUUUCUAAACAAUUGGUUUAUUGAUUAUUAAAGAGUAUCUUUAUGGUAUUUCCUGCUACCUCUCCUCUCCCUUCCCCUUUUCCCAACCAUGAUUCCCCUCUGCUUGCCUGUGCAAUAUAUAAAAUUGCCACAGUAUUAGGCAAAUAUUUUAGGCACUCUAGCUAUAUAUAUGCACCUUACACCUUUGCACAGUAUGUUCAGCAGUGAUAGAGUUUGUGAACCCUUAAGAAUUCUUUCUGUUUCUGAAUAAAUAUGAUCUAAAAUGUGAUCAGAUCUUCACUUAAGACCUAUACUAGAUAACGUGAACCACUUAAGUAAAUAACACAAAAUCAUUAG